AUGAAAUCUCCAAAAAGUUAUGCAAAAAUAGCUUGUAUUAGUUGUGCAAAGUCGAAAAGAAGAUGCGAAGCUGUCCUUUCAUAUCAAUCAUGUAAAAGGUGUGUAAAAGAACAUCUGCAAUGUAUCUACCCUGAUUCUAUAAAGAAACGUGGGCCAAAACUGAAGCAAAAUUCACUUGAGAGUAUUACACAAUUGCGGGAUGAAGGAGAUUUUAAUUCGCAGGUAUCAGAAUUAAAUAAGGAAUCCAUUACCGAAAAUUAUAUGGUGUGUGAUGUUCAAUUGUUAGAAAAAAUCAAGCCAGAUUUAUCGGACAGAUGUGCAAAUUGCUAUGAGCAAAAAAAAGGAUGCAAACAUAGUGGAAUACCGGGAAAAUUUAGAUGCGAAAGAUGCCGAAAGAGGAAAACUGCAUGUUUAAUUCAAUGUAUUGAAUGUUAUAAAAAAAAUAGUGAAAAAAAAGAAAAAGUCCCCCGAUGUAAUAAUUGUAAAGUAAUUAUGGAAGAUCCGCCUCUUGACUACAACUUUAUUCGAGAGGAUGACAAAAUAUAUCUGAAAUUUAGUGAUAAUGCUAAAAUAGAAAUUACUCAAGAAAAAUUUAAAGAUCUUUUAAAACUGCAAAUAACUGGAUCUAAUUUUUCAUUGAAUUCGUCAUUCCUCGAUGACGUUAAUUACCAAUCAUCAUUCGUAGACGGUUCCAGUUACAGUUAUCCUCCAUCCUUUAGUAAUGUGCUCAAUGAGCCACGUUUUUAUUCGAACCCUAAUUACUAUGCCUUUAAUAAUACAUCUCAACCUUUUGACAUCUUACCACCAUUUAGUGAGUCAUUAUCUGCUGAAUCCGAUUACAACGAAUGUAUCGGCUUGUUCAACCCUGAACUGUGA